AUGUAAAAUGGAAAAAAUGAACCUGAAAGUGACAAAGAACAAAUAACACAAGGAAUGUCAUCAACAUAAUGUAGCGAAAGCUGUUAAGAAAGAUUAUAAAACAUUAAAGAAAUUUAUAAUGAAUAAUUGAGUCCAACAGCAGUAUAUUUGGCAUACGAUGUAGUAUAUGAGAAGCAAGUUAUUAUUAAGAAGAUAUUUAAAAAUAAACUUGAUAAUUAUUAAUUAGAGUAAGCUAGAUUAGAAAGUUUUAUUUCUUGCAAUCUUAGUCAUUUUAAUCUUUGUAAAGGAUAUGCGUAAUAUGAAAAUAAUGAAGAAAUCGGUAUUUUUAUGGAAUUCGUUAAUGAUGCGGAUUAUUUUGUUGAAAAAAUUGAAAAUAAUCAUUAAGUUAUUAAAAAUGAAUUAAAAUUGAAAAGCUAUAUAAUUGAUAUUUUAAAAGGUCUAUAAAAAAUUCACUAAGAAGGUUAUGCACAUUUAGACAUAAAAUUAUCGAAUUUAUAUUGUGUACAAAAGCAAUAAAAUGAUAUUCGCAGAGUAAAAGUAGCUGACUUUGGUCUUUGUCAUAAAAUAGACAAAGAAACAGGACUAGCUUUUAUAAAAUAUAAUUGUGGAACAUUAGGAUAUAAAUCUCCUGAAGUUAAAGAUAAUUCAUACGUGAGUUAAAAUGCAGAUAUGUGGUCUUUAGGAAUUGUUUUAUAUAUGAUGGUUUGUGCAUAUAAACCUGAUCAAAUAAAAGGAUAUAAAUAUGGAUCUGGUCCUAUACCUUUUAGGGUAUUUGAUUGGAAAAAUAAAUCAGUAUUAUUAAAAUAAUUUGUUGAAAAACUACUAAGAUAUGACUGGAAAGAAAGAAUAACGUGUGAAGAAGCUUUAAAAGAUCCUUGGUUUUAGCAAGAGUGA